AUGCGUUUAGUCUGCUUGGUAUCCCUUCUCGCUACGGCUGCCGCUUCCACUAUCAAGCACGCAAAAAUCAGGACCCGAGCUAUCGAUGAUUAUGGCAAUAUUCCUACUACUUCGGACUACGUACCUCCCGGUGGCUUUCCAGACACGACUUGGUCAGACCCUUCGGAUUGGGUCGAAAUUGAUGUCACAAAAAACAGUCUGCCUGUGGAUUACGACAGCAUCGACGCUUCUGUAGCUAUCGCGGACAUUUUAGAUACCGUAUCUACUUCAUCAAGGCGCGUGUUAGUCUUCCCGGCAGGAACCUAUUAUUUCAACAGUACGCUGAAAAUUCGAUCUUCCGAUGUUAUCCUUCGUGGCGCCGGUCUUUCAAAAACAACGUUCCUUAUCACCGCCAAUGGAAGUGCUAAUGCCGAAAUCCGUUUCGAUGGAAGUUGGACUGCAGAAGGAAGGCCAGUGGAUGGUUCUGUUUCUCCAGGCGCUACCUCUGUCAAUGUCAGCGACGCUAGUGACAUUGAGGUUGGUCAGAUGGUGCAGCUCUAUCUCAACGCAGGGCGUCAGGCGUGGGGUACUUUCAUCGAAUCGCAAUUAUUGCUCGUGAAGUCUGUUUCGGGGAAUAGGCUGACCUUUGAUUUCCCGGUUGAUUUGACGUAUUCAGAAAAGAAGGAGCCAUACAUUAGGCCGAUAGAUGCUUUGUUCAACGUUGGAGGUCUGCACAUCGAAGGAGUCCGCAUUGAGCGCGUCAAUGAACCGGCGGCGCAGGAUGUGAGCAAUGUCGCUUUUAGAAUGGCGUCAAACGUCUUCGACACCGACAAUCACUCCAUCAACAGCGGACGUAGUCACGCCGAUAUUGCGCUCGUCCUCGGUAUGGUCGUUGAGCGUAACUAUGCUCAUGGUUUCUACAUCAAUAAAGGUGGAUAUGGCUAUGGGUUCAAUGUCCACCUGUCUACAGGCGUCCGUGUAACGGACAACAAGACCUGGGAUCUACGCCACCACAUACUUUUGCAACAAGGAGCGAACCAUAAUGUCAUCUCUUACAAUGCCAUCGAGGAGCCUUGGCAGUCCUACAACGACAUGGCAUUCCAUGCCUCGUAUGCAUACUUCAAUUUGAUCGAGGGAAAUACUUUCUACGAGGACUGUGCAGACAAUUCGCAUGAUAACGCUGAUCAAGGUAAACCAUUCAUCACCUCACUCUCCGGCCACCAAGAGUAA